AUGGGGCGCCAGGAUGUGGUGAGCGUCCUCUUGCGCAAUGGCGCCCAUGUGCACAGCCGUACCACCAAAGGGCAGCUGGCGGUGGAGCUUUGCUCAGAUGAUGUAGCAACCAGGCGGCUCCUGCAGAAAGAGAUGCGGGAGACCAUAGCCCUGCACCCCACUGACUACAGAUUAGGCGCCAGUCUGGAGAUGCCGGAUGACAGGGUCUUUGGCGGUGUGGCUACCUCCGACAGCCUGGAAAGCAUCGUGAACGGCCUGCAGGUGGAAGGUGGAGCGAUGCCCAAAUCCUGCCUGACUUCGCCCUCCAGGGAGAUACGCUUCGAGCCCUUCUUUGUGCCGCGGGCUCCGCUCAUCCCUGACGAGGAUCUGGAACUGGAGAUGGUGGAGCUCUGCGCAUAUUUGGGCUGCCAAAUCUUCGAGGGACAGCCAGGGAGAGGCCUAGCCUUUCUGGUCGUCUCUGGGUGCGUGCGGGACUACCCAAUAGACCUGGUGGGCUUCAUGCGGACGGCAAAGCUGAGUCCGUUGCAAGUGGGCACAUUUCUGGGUGAGGACUUCUCCUUGUCCAAGAUCCUCAGGAUGGAGUUCUUGAAUUCAGUAUGUCUGGUGGACACUGGCAUUGUGUCGGCCUUGCGGACAGGCCUGGCUGGGCUGAAAGUUCCGCAAGACCUACAAAAGUUGCAUCGCCUCCUGGGAAGUCUCUCUGAGGUUUGGUGGCGGCAGCAGCUGAGAGCUGCGCGGCUGGGACUGAAGCGAAAGGAGAGCCCCAAGGACGACUCAGACAAGGAGCUGCCUGACAACCUGGCCGCGGCUGUGGAGGUUUGUUCUUCGGAGGAGAUCCGGGGACCCAGCCUACGGCAGACGCUCCUUCCGUCGAUCAACAGUCUGCACCAGCUCUUUUUCUCCACCGUGAUGCUGCACUGGAAUUUGCAUGCGCCCUUGCCGCCCUCGCAAAAGCUGAGCUUUGAGGCAUGGAAUGCAUUGAACAGAAGCGGCUCCAAGGAGGACGUGCCUGCAUGGCUGCUGGAGCCGGUUUACACGGCGGUGGCCCAAGCUCCGCUGGAAGAGCUGUCCUUGGAAUUGGACGAGCCCCAGCACCCGCCCACGAGUGGACGUUUUGCAUCCACCCUGAAGGUUGUGGCAGAGACGCAGGUUGAGGGCUGGGCCCUAGUUUUUGGGGAUGGCCUGCCCGUUUUGCCGGGCGGCCUGGGCAAGCCCAACGCCGCGAACUUCGUGGAGUGCAUGCAGAUGACCGGCAUGAUCAGUGAAGCCACGGCCACAGCGCGCACAGCCCGCAAAGACUCUCCGCCCGAAUCUGCGGUGUGGCUCUCAAUGAAGGGCCCCUUCUUUUUCUUUGCCAUGGAGCCUGAGCCUCUGAAGCCCUUCGCCUUUCUGCACCUGAAGAGCUGGGUCACUGAACUGGAUCCAUCCAGGUCUUGCUUCUCAUUGCGAGCCACAAACGCAGAUGCAGAGGCCCCCCCCGCGAAGCUGCAGCUCAUCGUUCUUCUGCCUGAUGGCCGCUUCCAAGCCUUUCACUUGAAGAAGCUGAACUUCGAGCUUUCUGAUCCGACACUGCAGCUGUGGACGCAGGCGCUUCAGGCCCUGAAGGACCAGCAGUCGGCCCCCUGCGCGGUGGACGUGCCAGUGUGA